AUGUGUGAAUGGACGACAAGAAAUAUAAUUGAGGGAUAUUUGAUACCGAAGAACGCGUCAAUUGAUUUUAAAGUGGCGGAGAUCGCUGAAAGAGCUGAUAAAGGAUUCGAUCCUCUCCACUACGAAAAAAAAGUAACGGAUGAACCACUAUUUGAUCAUAAUACGGCAGUCCAGUACGGCGAGAUGGCUGAAGCCACCUACGACGCUUUCAACGCGAGAAAUUAAGCUUCCAGGUUCGCUGGAGCUUGUCGCUUCUCUCGCAGCCACUUUUUUGUAAACGUCGGUCUCUCGCUAUGCCGCUCCCGUAUUAGCAGUAAAUACACAGUGACAAAAUUUUUGUACGCGACAUCAAGCAUAGAGCUACCAGAGGCGUUCAUGAUGAAACGUUUGUCGAGGGAAGCAUGGAGUAAAGAGUCGAACUGGAUGGGAUACAUCGCAGUGACGAGGGCGAUGGGGAGGAGGGAGGUGGUGGUGGUGUGGAGGGGGGCAUUGCAACCGUUGGAGUGGAUUGAUGAUUUUCAAUCCGAUACGGUUUCGGGUGCGGAUAUAUUUGGGGGAGGGAGAGGAUGCGGAUUUGGAUCCGAGAGUGCAUAUGGGUUGGUACUCGAUUUGUAUGUCCGAUGAUCCUCGGUCGCAGUUUGACGCAAACAAGCUCUAUACUCAGCUAUUCGUUUGAAUGCAACUAGCGAUGUUGGAACCAACUUUAGCUUUGCAAUGGGAAUAUUAUAGACUAAUUGUGGUUGUUUCUGUGGCACCUCGUAAAUGCAAUUGCAACUGCAACAACAUAGGUAAAGUUACCAUGCGAGCUGCAAAAGGAUUUAAAGCUGAACCAAACAACUAAGAUCAUAACUACAUGAGAUUG